AUGCUUCUGGACGUUAGCAUGCUUCCGGACGCAAGCAUGCUUCCGGACGCAAGCAUGCGUCCGGACGCAAGCAUGCUUCCGGACGCAAGCAUGCUUCCGGACGCAAGCAUGCUUCCGGACGCAAGCAUGCGUCCGGGCGCAAGCAUGCUUCCGGACGCAAGCAUGCUUCCGGACGCAAGCAUGCUUUCGGACGCAAGCAUGCUUCCGGUCGCAAGCAUGCUUUCGGACGCAAGCAUGCUUCCGGACGCAAGCAUGCUUUCGGACGCAAGCAUGCUGUCGGACGCAAGCAUGCUUCCGGACGCAAGCAUGCGUCUGGGCGCAAGCAUGCUUCCGGACGCAAGCAUGCUUUCGGGCGCAAGCAUGGUUCCGGACGCAAGCAUGCUUUCGGACGCAAGCAUGCUUCCGGACGCAGGCAUGCUUCCGGACGCAAGCAUGCUUUCGAGCGCAAGCAUGCUUUCGGACGCAAGCAUGCUUUCGGAUGCAAGCAUGCUUCCGGCCGCAAGCAUGCUUUCGGAAGCAAGCAUGCUUCCAGCCGCAAGCAUGCUUUCGGGCGCAAGCAUGCUUUCGGACGCAAGCAUGCUUCCGGACGCAGACGCAGGCAUGCUUCCGGACGCAGACGCAGGCAUGCUUCUGGACGCAAGCAUGCUUCCGGACGCAAGCAUGCUUCUGGACGCAAGCAUGCUUCCGGACGCAAGCAUGCUUCCGGACGCAAGCAUGCUUCCGGGCGCAAGCAUGCGUCCGGGCGCAAGCAUGCUUCCGGACACAAGCAUGCUUUCGGGCGCAAGCAUGCUUCCGGACGCAAGCAUGCUUUCGGACGCAAGCAUGCUUCCGGACGCAAGCAUGCUUCCGGACGCAAGCAUGCUUUCGGGCGCAAGCAUGCUUCCGGACGCAAGCAUGCGUCCGGACGCAAGCAUGCUUCCGGACGCAAGCAUGCUUCUGGACGAAAGCAUGCUUCCGGACGCAAGCAUGCGUCCGGACGCAAGCAUGCUUCCGGCAGUGAGCAUGCUUUCGGACGCAAGCAUGCUUCCGGGCGCAAGCAUGGGUCCGGACGCAAGCAUGCUUCUGGACUCAAGCAUGCUUCCGGACGCAAGCAUGCUUCCGGACGCAAGCAUGCUUCCGGACGCAAGCAUGCUUCCGGACGCAAGCAUGCUUUCGGACGCAAGCAUGCGUCCGGACGCAAGCAUGCUUCCGGACGCAAGCAUGCUUUCGGGCGCAAGCAUGCUUCCGGACGCAAGCAUGCUUCCGGACGCAAGCAUGCGUCCGGGCGCAAGCAUGCGUUCGGGCGCAAGCAUGCGUCCGGAUGCAAGCAUGCUUCCGGACGCAAGCAUGCGUCCGGGCGCAAGAAUGCUUCCGGACGCAAGCAUGCUUUCGGGCGCAAGCAUGCUUCCGGACGCAUGCAUGCGUUCGGGCGCAAGCAUGCGUCCGGACGCAAGCAUGCUUCCGGACGCAAGCAUGCGUCCGGGCGCAAGCAUGCUUCCGGACGCAAGCAUGCUUUCGGGCGCAAGCAUGCUUCCGGAUGCAAGCAUGCUUUCGGGCACAAGCAUGCUUUCUGACGCAAGCAUGCUUCCGGGCGCAAGCAUGCUUCUGGACGCAAGCAUGCUUCCGGACGCAAGCAUGCUUCCGGACGCAAGCAUGCUUCCGGGCGCAAGCAUGCGUCCGGGCGCAAGCAUGCUUCCGGACACAAGCAUGCUUUCGGGCGCAAGCAUGCUUCCGGACGCAAGCAUGCUUUCGGACGCAAGCAUGCUUCCGGACGCAAGCAUGCUUCCGGACGCAAGCAUGCUUCUGGACGCAAGCAUGCUUCCGGACGCAAGCAUGCUUCCGGACGCAAGCAUGCUUCCGGGCGCAAGCAUGCGUCCGGGCGCAAGCAUGCUUCCGGACACAAGCAUGCUUUCGGGCGCAAGCAUGCUUCCGGACGCAAGCAUGCUUUCGGACGCAAGCAUGCUUCCGGACGCAAGCAUGCUUCCGGACGCAAGCAUGCUUUCGGGCGCAAGCAUGCUUCCGGACGCAAGCAUGCGUCCGGACGCAAGCAUGCUUCCGGACGCAAGCAUGCUUCUGGACGAAAGCAUGCUUCCGGACGCAAGCAUGCGUCCGGACGCAAGCAUGCUUCCGGCAGUGAGCAUGCUUUCGGACGCAAGCAUGCUUCCGGGCGCAAGCAUGGGUCCGGACGCAAGCAUGCUUCUGGACGCAAGCAUGCUUUCGGACGCAAGCAUGCUUCCGGACGCAAGCAUGCUUCCGGACGCAAGCAUGCUUCUGGACGCAAGCAUGCUUCUGGACGCAAGCAUGCUUCUGGACGCAAGCAUGGGUCUGGACGCAAGCAUGCUUCUGGACGCAAGCAUGCUUCUGGACGCAAGCAUGCUUCUGGACGCAAGCAUGCUUCUGGACGCAAGCAUAGGUCUGGACGCAAGCAUGCUUCUGGACGCAAGCAUGCUUCUGGACGCAAGCAUGCUUCUGGACGAAAGCAUGCUUCCGGACGCAAGCAUGCUUCCGGGCGCAAGCAUGGGUCCGGACACAAGCAUGCUUCUGGACGCAAGCAUGCUUUCGGACGCAAGCAUGCUUCCGGGCGCAAGCAUGGGUCCGGACACAAGCAUGCUUCUGGACGCAAGCAUGCUUUCGGACGCAAGCAUGCUUCCGGACGCAAGCAUGCUUCCGGACGCAAGCAUGCUUCUGGACGCAAGCAUGCUUCUGGACGCAAGCAUGCUUCUGGACGCAAGCAUGGGUCUGGACGCAAGCAUGCUUCCGGACGCAAGCAUGCUUCUGGACGCAAGCAUGCUUCUGGACGCAAGCAUGCUUCUGGACGCAAGCAUGGGUCUGGACGCAAGCAUGCUUCUGGACGCAAGCAUGCUUCCGGACGCAAGCAUGCUUUCGGACGCAAGCAUGCUUUCGGACGCAAGCAUGCUUUCGGAUGCAAGCAUGCUUCCGGCCGCAAGCAUGCUUUCGGACGCAAGCAUGCUUCCAGCCGCAAGCAUGCUUUCGGGCGCAAGCAUGCUUUCGGACGCAAGCAUGCUUCCGGACGCAGACGCAGGCAUGCUUCCGGACGCAGACGCAGGCAUGCUUCUGGACGCAAACAUGCUUCCGGACGCAAGCAUGCUUCUGGACGCAAGCAUGCUUCCGGACGCAAGCAUGCUUCCGGACGCAAGCAUGCUUCCGGGCGCAAGCAUGCGUCCGGGCGCAAGCAUGCUUCCGGACACAAGCAUGCUUCUGGACACAAGCAUGCUUCUGGACACAAGCAUGCUUCUGGACACAAGCAUGCUUCUGGGCGCAAGCAUGCUUCCGGACACAAGCAUGCUUUCGGGCGCAAGCAUGCUUCCGGACGCAAGCAUGCUUUCGGACGCAAGCAUGCUUCCGGACGCAAGCAUGCUUCCGGACGCAAGCAUGCUUUCGGGCGCAAGCAUGCUUCCGGACGCAAGCAUGCGUCCGGACGCAAGCAUGCUUCCGGACGCAAGCAUGCUUCUGGACGAAAGCAUGCUUCCGGACGCAAGCAUGCGUCCGGACGCAAGCAUGCUUCCGGCAGUGAGCAUGCUUUCGGACGCAAGCAUGCUUCCGGGCGCAAGCAUGGGUCCGGACGCAAGCAUGCUUCUGGACGCAAGCAUGCUUUCGGACGCAAGCAUGCUUCCGGACGCAAGCAUGCUUCCGGACGCAAGCAUGCUUCUGGACGCAAGCAUGCUUCUGGACGCAAGCAUGCUUCUGGACGCAAGCAUGGGUCUGGACGCAAGCAUGCUUCUGGACGCAAGCAUGCUUCUGGACGCAAGCAUGCUUCUGGACGCAAGCAUGCUUCUGGACGCAAGCAUGGGUCUGGACGCAAGCAUGCUUCUGGACGCAAGCAUGCUUCUGGACGCAAGCAUGCUUCUGGACGAAAGCAUGCUUCCGGACGCAAGCAUGCGUCCGGACGCAAGCAUGCUUCCGGCAGUGAGCAUGCUUUCGGACGCAAGCAUGCUUCCGGGCGCAAGCAUGCUUCCGGACGCAAGCAUGCUUCUGGACGCAAGCAUGCUUUCGGACGCAAGCAUGCUUCCGGACGCAAGCAUGCUUCCGGACGCAAGCAUGCUUCUGGACGCAAGCAUGCUUCUGGACGCAAGCAUGCUUCUGGACGCAAGCAUGGGUCUGGACGCAAGCAUGCUUCCGGACGCAAGCAUGCUUCUGGACGCAAGCAUGCUUCUGGACGCAAGCAUGCUUCUGGACGCAAGCAUGGGUCUGGACGCAAGCAUGCUUCUGGACGCAAGCAUGCUUCCGGACGCAAGCAUGCUUUCGGACGCAAGCAUGCUUUCGGACGCAAGCAUGCUUUCGGAUGCAAGCAUGCUUCCGGCCGCAAGCAUGCUUUCGGACGCAAGCAUGCUUCCAGCCGCAAGCAUGCUUUCGGGCGCAAGCAUGCUUUCGGACGCAAGCAUGCUUCCGGACGCAGACGCAGGCAUGCUUCCGGACGCAGACGCAGGCAUGCUUCUGGACGCAAGCAUGCUUCCGGACGCAAGCAUGCUUCUGGACGCAAGCAUGCUUCCGGACGCAAGCAUGCUUCCGGACGCAAGCAUGCUUCCGGGCGCAAGCAUGCGUCCGGGCGCAAGCAUGCUUCCGGACACAAGCAUGCUUUCGGGCGCAAGCAUGCUUCCGGACGCAAGCAUGCUUUCGGACGCAAGCAUGCUUCCGGACGCAAGCAUGCUUCCGGACGCAAGCAUGCUUUCGGGCGCAAGCAUGCUUCCGGACGCAAGCAUGCGUCCGGACGCAAGCAUGCUUCCGGACGCAAGCAUGCUUCUGGACGAAAGCAUGCUUCCGGACGCAAGCAUGCGUCCGGACGCAAGCAUGCUUCCGGCAGUGAGCAUGCUUUCGGACGCAAGCAUGCUUCCGGGCGCAAGCAUGGGUCCGGACGCAAGCAUGCUUCUGGACGCAAGCAUGCUUCCGGACGCAAGCAUGCUUCCGGACGCAAGCAUGCUUCCGGACGCAAGCAUGCUUCCGGACGCAAGCAUGCUUUCGGACGCAAGCAUGCGUCCGGACGCAAGCAUGCUUCCGGACGCAAGCAUGCUUUCGGGCGCAAGCAUGCUUCCGGACGCAAGCAUGCUUCCGGACGCAAGCAUGCGUCCGGGCGCAAGCAUGCGUUCGGGCGCAAGCAUGCGUCCGGAUGCAAGCAUGCUUCCGGACGCAAGCAUGCGUCCGGGCGCAAGAAUGCUUCCAGACGCAAGCAUGCUUUCGGGCGCAAGCAUGCUUCCGGACGCAAGCAUGCUUUCGGGCGCAAGCAUGCUUCCGGAUGCAAGCAUGCUUUCGGGCACAAGCAUGCUUUCUGACGCAAGCAUGCUUCCGGGCGCAAGCAUGCUUUCGGACGCAAGCAUGCGUCCGGACGCAAGCAUGCUUCCGGACGCAAGCAUGCGUCCGGACGCAAGCAUGCUUCCGGACGCAAGCAUGCUUCUGGGCGCAAGCAUGCUUCCGGACGCAAGCAUGCGUCCGGGCGCAAGCAUGCUUCCGGACGCAAGCAUGCUUCCGGACGCAAGCAUGCUUUCGGACGCAAGCAUGCUUCCGGACGCAAGCAUGCUUUCGGACGCAAGCAUGCUUCCGGACGCAAGCAUGCUUUCGGACGCAAGCAUGCUGUCGGACGCAAGCAUGCUUCCGGACGCAAGCAUGCGUCUGGGCGCAAGCAUGCUUCCGGACGCAAGCAUGCUUUCGGGCGCAAGCAUGCUUCCGGACGCAAGCAUGCUUUCGGACGCAAGCAUGCUUCCGGACGCAGGCAUGCUUCCGGACGCAAGCAUGCUUUCGGGCGCAAGCAUGCUUUCGGACGCAAGCAUGCUUUCGGAUGCAAGCAUGCUUCCGGCCGCAAGCAUGCUUUCAGACGCAAGCAUGCUUCCAGCCGCAAGCAUGCUUUCGGGCGCAAGCAUGCUUUCGGACGCAAGCAUGCUUCCGGACGCAGACGCAAGCAUGCUUCCGGACGCAGACGCAGGCAUGCUUCUGGACGCAAGCAUGCUUCCGGACGCAAGCAUGCUUCUGGACGCAAGCAUGCUUCCGGACGCAAGCAUGCUUCCGGACGCAAGCAUGCUUCCGGGCGCAAGCAUGCGUCCGGGCGCAAGCAUGCUUCCGGACGCAAGCAUGCUUUCGGGCGCAAGCAUGCUUCCGGACGCAAGCAUGCUUUCGGACGCAAGCAUGCUUCCGGACGCAAGCAUGCUUCCGGACGCAAGCAUGCUUUCGGGCGCAAGCAUGCUUCCGGACGCAAGCAUGCGUCCGGACGCAAGCAUGCUUCCGGACGCAAGCAUGCUUCUGGACGAAAGCAUGCUUCCGGACGCAAGCAUGCUUCCGGACGCAAGCAUGCUUCCGGGCGCAAGCAUGCUUCCGGGCGCAAGCAUGCUUCAGGACGCAAGCAUGCGUCCGGACGCAAGCAUGCUUCCGGCAGACGCAAGCAUGCUUACGGACGCAAGCAUGCUUCCGGACGCAAGCAUGCUUUCGGGCGCAAGCAUGCUUUCGGACGCAAGCAUGCUUUCGGACGCAAGCAUGCGUCCGGACGCAAGCAUGCUUCCGGACGCAAGCAUGCUUUCGGGCGCAAGCAUGCUUCCGGACGCAAGCAUGCUUCCGGACGCAAGCAUGCGUCCGGGCGCAAGCAUGCGUUCGGGCGCAAGCAUGCGUCCGGAUGCAAGCAUGCUUCCGGACGCAAGCAUGCGUCCGGGCGCAAGAAUGCUUCCGGACGCAAGCAUGCUUUCGGGCGCAAGCAUGCUUCCGGACGCAUGCAUGCGUUCGGGCGCAAGCAUGCGUCCGGACGCAAGCAUGCUUCCGGACGCAAGCAUGCGUCCGGGCGCAAGCAUGCUUCCGGACGCAAGCAUGCUUUCGGGCGCAAGCAUGCUUCCGGACGCAAGCAUGCUUUCGGGCACAAGCAUGCUUUCUGACGCAAGCAUGCUUCCGGGCGCAAGCAUGCUUUCGGACGCAAGCAUGCGUCCGGACGCAAGCAUGCUUCCGGACGCAAGCAUGCUUCCGGACGCAAGCAUGCUUUCGGGCGCAAGCAUGCUUCCGGACGCAAGCAUGCUUCCGGACGCAAGCAUGCGUCCGGGCGCAAGCAUGCGUUCGGGCGCAAGCAUGCGUCCGGAUGCAAGCAUGCUUCCGGACGCAAGCAUGCGUCCGGGCGCAAGAAUGCUUCCGGACGCAAGCAUGCUUUCGGGCGCAAGCAUGCUUCCGGACGCAUGCAUGCGUUCGGGCGCAAGCAUGCGUCCGGACGCAAGCAUGCUUCCGGACGCAAGCAUGCGUCCGGGCGCAAGCAUGCUUCCGGACGCAAGCAUGCUUUCGGGCGCAAGCAUGCUUCCGGACGCAAGCAUGCUUUCGGGCACAAGCAUGCUUUCUGACGCAAGCAUGCUUCCGGGCGCAAGCAUGCUUUCGGACGCAAGCAUGCGUCCGGACGCAAGCAUGCUUCCGGACGCAAGCAUGCUUUCGGACGCAAGCAUGCUUUCGGACGCAAGCAUGCUUCCGGGCGCAAGCAUGCUUGCGGGCGCAAGCAUGCUUUCGACCGAAAGCAUGCGUCCGGACGCAAACAUGCUUCCGGACGCAAGCAUGCUUUCGGGCGCAAGCAUGCUUUCGGACGCAAGCAUGCUGUCGGACGCAAGCAUGCUUCCGGACGCAAGCAUGCGUCCGGGCGCAAGCAUGCUUCCGGACGCAAGCAUGCUUUCGGGCGCAAGCAUGCUUCCGGACGCAAGCAUGCUUUCGGACGCAAGCAUGCUUCCGGACGCAAGCAUGCUUUCGGGCGCAAGCAUGCUUUCGGACGCAAGCAUGCUUUCGGACGCAAGCAUGCUUCCAGACGCAAGCAUGCUUCCGGACGCAAGCAUGCUUUCGGACGCAAGCAUGCUUUCGGACGCAAGCAUGCUUUCGGGCGCAAGCAUGCUUCCGGACGCAAGCAUGCUUUCGGGCACAAGCAUGCUUUCUGACGCAAGCAUGCUUCCGGGCGCAAGCAUGCUUCUGGACGCAAGCAUGCUUUCGGACGCAAGCAUGCUUUCGGACGCAAGCAUGCUUCCGGGCGCAAGCAUGCGUCCGGGUGCAAGCAUGCUUCCGGGCGCAAGCAUGCGUCCGGGCGCAAGCAUGCUUCUGGGCGCAAGCAUGCGUCCGGACGCAAGCAUGCUUCCGGCAGUGAGCAUGCUUUCGGACGCAAGCAUGCUUCCGGGCGCAAGCAUGGGUCCGGACGCAAGCAUGCUUCCGGACGCAAGCAUGCUUCCGGACGCAAGCAUGCUUCCGGAGGCAAGCAUGCUUCCGGACGCAAGCAUGCUUUCGGACGCAAGCAUGCUUCCGGACGCAAGCAUGCUCGCGGACGCAAGCAUGCUUCCGGACGAAAGCAUGCUUCCGGACGCAAGCAUGCUUUAG